GCGAUGCGCGGUAGUGGCACUCGGUGAGAUUUCCAAUACCUGUGAUGGUCUACGCGAGCUUCAGUUUGCUCCCACGCUGCUUCGCCUGGAUCUGCUUUUAAUGUUCUCAGAUUAAGUGAGCGAUGUUGAGAUGCCGUGGAGGAAUAUGCUGGUGCGCAAAAGGAGUCUCCAUCCUUCUCUCCACAGAGUAGGAACUGAAUAUGUAGUCAGGGCUCCGGGGGGUGUUUCCUGCAUAGCGCAUCUUCAAACUUAAGGUAUUCAAGUGAUUCUCUGCUUUAACCCUAAGUAAAGCUUCAUAGAUGAGAUUUCCCCGCUCGACUUCAUGGACUUGGUUCAUUGAGGACCAUCUGAAGAACAGAUAUGGCAGUGCCAAAUAUGGUGUUCUCUGACGUGGAAACUUUUCUGGACUCGCAUCCCGAGUUAUUCGAGGACUACCUGAACCGAAAGGGGAAUUUUAGCAUGGUGGAAAAAUGGCUCAAGAAUCACCAGGCGAGCAAAAGUCCGGCGGCUGCAGCUCCCGCCGAGCCGAAAGAGGAGAAGAGCAACGCGUGCAAGGACAGCUGGGCGAGCAAAUGCGAUGGUCUGCAGAGGAGAGCCUCGCAGAAGGAGCUGCGCAAAACUUUCGCCAGAUCAAAGGCCAUCAAUGUCAACAGGACAUACGACGAACAUGUUAAUUCCAGGGCCCAGGAGCCCCUGACGAGCAUGAGGAGGAGAGCUCUGCUGAGGAAAGCGAGCUCUCUACCCCCGACCACUGCGCACAUACUAAGCGCACUGUUGGAGUCCAGAGUCAACAUCCCUCAGUACCCGUCCACAGCCGUGGAUUUUAAAUAUUACCUCAAAGAACACAACGAAAGAGAGUUUUUCCUGGAGCUUGUGAAAGACAUAUCUAACGACUUGGAUCUAACUAGUCUCAGCUACAAAAUCCUCGUGUUUGUUUGUAUUAUGGUCGACGCAGACCGGUGCUCCUUGUUUCUAGUGGAGGGAACGGGCAACAAGAAGACACUGGUGUCCAAAUUCUUUGAUGUGCACGCGGGUACCACAGUUUUGCCCUCAAUGAAUUCAGACGAAGUUCAAGUGCCGUGGGGCAAAGGGAUCAUUGGAUAUGUGGCAGAACACGGAGAGACAGUGAACAUUCCUGACGCUUAUCAGGAUCGGCGGUUCAGUGAUGAAAUUGACAAGCUGACAGGCUACAAAACCAAGUCACUCUUGUGCAUGCCCAUCCGCAACAGUGAUGGAGAGAUCAUUGGAGUUGCUCAGGCCAUCAAUAAGUCUUCAAGUGGUGAACUCUUCACUGAAGAUGAUGAAAAGGUGCUGCAGAUGUACCUCCCUUUCUGUGGUAUUGCAAUAUCCAAUGCCCAACUCUUCGCCGCCUCAAGGAAGGAGUACGACAGGAGCCGGGCACUCUUGGAGGUAGUCAAUGACCUGUUUGAGGAGCAGACUGACCUGGAGAAGAUUGUCAGGAAGAUCAUGCACCGUGCCCAGACAUUGCUAAAGUGCGAGCGCUGCUCUGUUCAGUUGCUGGAGGACAUUGAGUCACCGGUGGUGAAGUUCACCAAGUCUUUUGAGCUGCUGUCUCCUAAGUGCAGCGCAGACACUGAAAGCAGUUUCAAAGACAGUAUGGAGAAAUCAUCUUACUCAGACUGGCUCAUCAACAACAGCAUUGCAGAACUGGUAGCAUCCACAGGACUGCCCGUGAACAUUAGUGAUGCCUAUCAGGAUCCUCGCUUUGAUGCUGAGGCAGACCAGUUCUCGGACUUUCACAUCCGCUCGGUGCUCUGUGUUCCCAUAUGGAACAGCAACCACCAAAUCAUUGGUGUCGCACAAGUGCUGAACAGACUCGAUGGGAAACCAUUCGAUGACGCAGACCAGCGUCUCUUUGAGGCGUUUGUGAUCUUCUGUGGGCUGGGCAUCAACAACACCAUCAUGUAUGACCAGGUGAAGAAGUCCUGGGCCAAGCAGUCUGUGGCUUUGGAUGUGCUGUCUUACCAUGCCACCUGCUCCAAGACUGAAGUUGACAAAUUCAAGGCCGCCAACAUCCCCCUGGUCUGCGAGCUGGGCAUCGAUAAGCUCUCGUUUGACGACUUCUCUCUGGACGUUGAUGCAAUGAUAACGGCCGCCCUGAGAAUGUUCAUGGAGUUGGGAAUGGUGCAGAAAUUUAAGAUCGAUUAUGAGACAUUAUGCAGAUGGCUGCUGACUGUCAGAAAAAACUACAGAAUGGUUCUCUAUCACAACUGGAGACAUGCCUUCAAUGUCUGCCAGUGCAUGUUCGCCAUGCUGACGACGGCAGGCUUUCAGGAGACUCUGACAGAGGUGGAGAUCCUAGCGCUCAUCGUAGGCUGUGUGUGCCAUGACUUGGACCACAGGGGCACCAACAAUGCUUUUCAGGCGAAGACGGGCUCAGCCCUCGCUCUGCUUUAUGGGACCUCUGCUACACUGGAGCACCACCACUUCAACCAUGCUGUUAUGAUCCUGCAGAGCGAGGGUCACAAUAUCUUCUCCAACCUCUCGUCCACAGAGUACAGUGACCUCAUGCAGCUGUUGAAACAGUCGAUUUUGGCCACGGACCUCACGCUUUACUUUGAGAACAGAAACACGUUCUUUGAGAUGGUCAGCAAUGGAGAGUACAACUGGAACGUGAAGGCUCAUAGAGACAUGUGCAGGUCCAUGAUGAUGACAGCAUGUGAUCUUGGUGCUGUCACCAAACCCUGGGAAAUAUCACGCAAGGUUGCAGAGUUGGUGACCAGCGAGUUUUUCGAGCAGGGCGACAGAGAGCGAUCAGAGCUGAAGCUCACGCCCUCCGCCAUCUUUGACCGAAACAGGAAGGAUGAGUUGCCAGGGCUUCAGCUGGAGUGGAUUGAUGGAAUUUGUGCUCCGCUGUAUGAGACUCUGGUCAAGUUGAAUCCCAAACUUCAGCCAAUGCUUGACAUGAUCAAAGCUAACAGGGCCAAAUGGGAGGAACUGAACAAGAAGAGACAACAUGGCCAGAGUGUGUCUGCGCCGGCAAGCCCCUGCGGUGGUGACAGCACAGAAACAAGUGGCUGCACUGUGGCCAAAAUGGGUAGCACGCCCUGCUGCAGCGAUGGUGCUGAUGGCACAACAUCUAAACCUGUUAGUUAGCUUCGGAUACCAUCACCAAGCUGGUCUCUUUGGCUUAUUUCCUCUUAAAUGCAGCCUGCAACAGAGGCAGUGCAGUGCAUGCUGAGGUUCUUGGGGUCUGCUCCUCUUCGCUUUUGCUACUAGAGAUGAGACUUGAGCGUGGCGCUCUCAUAGAAGUUUUUCUGCUCCCUUCAGUCUUCCUGUGCUGAAGGCUGACAGAGCUUUGUUUGGCAAGCUUGUCAGUGCAGCUACAAACCAGCUGAUGACACCAUGUCAGAAGGGAAACUCAAACCUCUGAGUCAACAUGUCAACCAGUGAGCUAACACUAACUAUUCUGGGCAUUGCACAGAUUUUUUGGGCACAACAAGGCAUGGAGAAUAGUUGAGGAGAAUGUUUGCUGUGCAGUGGUUCAUUUUGCUCUCUGUACCUCCUUGUUGCUCACAUUUUGUCAGGGGCAACAGAGAUAUGUUUUGUAAAUCUGUACAUAUGCUAUUGGGUUAUUUACAAGUGCGGUUUAAAAACCUGUAAACUCUGGAUUGUAAUGUUGCUGUAGACUUUAAGAAGGACAAAGGGGUGCAGGGGUGAACAGCAGGACCUUUGACGGUGCUUGCAAUGCAAAUUGAGUGCUCUGCUCCCUCCCUUCCUGUGCCUUGUUUUAAGAUCCUAAUGAAAAAUGCAUGGCCUCCUCACUGAGAUUCUUAGAUAGUAUGGAAAUCCAUGUUAAACCAUGACAUAUUUUUGCCAUAAUUUGUAAAACCAAUGACUGCAGUUAUGUCUUGACCCCAUGUUAGCCACAAAGCAUUCACAUUAUAUAUACAGAAAUCUAUUUUGCCCAGUUUUGUAAAUGCAGGGUCUGACUUGUCACACUCACUAACACACAAUGUGCCUUGAUGAAGUUUUUCUGAUAUUGCAUUAAUUUCUGCUGAAAAGGUCAUUUCACCUACUGAUUAAACACUGACAACUGAAACAUAAGGCAAAGUCAUGUUUAAUAUAAACUCCGCUCUAAAAAGUAAAGUUUAACAUUUUAAGAAAUAUACUUACUUUCUUGUAGAAAGUUAGAUGACAAGAUACCACUCUCAACUGAUGGCUAGUAUAAAAACAAUAAGUCUGAAGUACUCUGUCAGCUACGAUCUGGCUCAGUUCAAUUCAAUUUAUUUAUACAACACCAAAUCACAACAGCUGCCUCUUUCCAAUUAGAGCAGGUCUAGACCAAACUCUUUAAUUUGAUUUUUAGAGAGACCCAGCAAGACCCAACAAAACCUCCAUGAGCAAGCGCUUGGCGACAGUGGCAAGGAAAAACCUCCUUUCAGGAGGCAAAAACCUCGGAGCAGACCCCGGCUCAAUGUGGGCGGCCAUCUGCAAGAGAGUGAUUGGCUUCCACCAGCAUUAGCUUGUGCUACUGGGGAAAAAUGCCAUGGAUUGUUUGUAUUUCUUUAAACAAAUCACAGUCAUCUUGCCCAGGAUUCAGUGACAGUGCCCUAGGAAAAUAAUAUUAAAAGAAGCUUGUUGGGAGGAGAGCCCUGGCAAUAAAAUGGCUAACAGCUGCUAGCUUGUAGCUUGUGCUGUUAGCAACCAGGUUAAAGCCAGUGUGUCUAGACAUUUUCAGCAUGUAGGUUGCUAUGUCAAAGGUAAUUCCUGUCAUUACAGAAAUUUUGAAAAUGGUAAAAUGUCCAACACAUAAUAUAAUAAUAAUACUAAUCAUUUUAUUUAUAUAGCAAAAAACAGGUUUCCAAAGUGCUUAACAAUCAUUAAAAACAAAACUGACAAAUUUUUUAUCCUGUAUAAUAUCCCAUAACAAACCAAAAACAUAACUCAAAGUGCAGAUAUAACAUGUUAAUUCAUGAAGUUUAAAGGUGCUGGUAUUAGGAUUUUGUUACCUCAGCCUGGACAGAGCCAGGCUAGCUGUUUCCCCCUACAUCCAGUCUUUAUGCCAAGCCAAGCUGUCAGCCGUCAGGUGGCUGUACCUUUAUUUAAGGGAAAAAUACGAGUGGUAUCCUGUCAUAACCUUCUGUCAGACAGCCAAUAAGUGUUUUUCUUCAAGUGUCAGACUUUUGUUUUUUAAUCCAAUAUUUGGCUUUAUCUCAAGGUUCACUAUGCUACUUAAAUAACUGUUACAAUCUCCAAAAGAAGACUCAGACAUUGAAACUUGUAAGUGCCCAGGUAGUCACAGGCUUUUAUUUUGACAUUAUUGAUAUUCUAAGUAUUAUUUUUGGAUGGGGUAUGCCUUAUAAGUUGUGUUGUAGCUUUGUUGAUUGGGGUUUAAAACGUGACUGUGCACAUUGUGUGGCAUGGAUCUGUGUGCUCUACUGUAUUUUAGUUGAAGAGCUGAAUUGAAGUCGACCAGAAAAAUUUUGAAUUGCAUGUUUUAUGCAGUAUUAAAUUCAACCACUUGCUAAGGAUGUAGCAAACAUGUGAGCCAACAAAUACCUCGUAUUUUGAACUUCAUCAGUAAACACAUUAUCUCAUCAGAAAUGCAUGAUUUAAAUUCUACUGCAUCAUGUUACGUGAAUAAUGAAUAUCGCUGUUCUAUUUUUCUAUUAGGUCUCCAAAUGUGGCCAACUUCUACUUGUCUUUUUUUGCAAUGUGAUGUGCUUCUUGUAUUUCUUCUUUCCUCUCCCAGUUUGGACUGUGGAUGUAUUCACAGCUGGCUAAACUGAAAGAAACCUAAGGCAUGAAAAGGCAAAUGUGCAAUGUUUCUGUUCAGAAUUUAAAUAAAAAUAUGCUGCUAUAUGUCCUCU